CAUUUUUGUUUUCGCAGGACCUACGUUGAAUAAAAGGAACGUGCAAUUGGGAUAAUUUUCCUGAGGGAAAAAAAAAUUUUUUUUUCCUGAAUAAGUAAAUAGAACAUUCGCUUUUGUUAAAAAUAAGAUAUAUAGAGGGUCAAACUUUUGGACGUAAGGAACCGUUAUCUAAUGUGAAUAAUAUAUGCUGAUUGCUUUCAGAAUAUUAUAUAGCGUAUAAAUGUUUGCUCAUCUACGUAAAAUAUGUCUGCUUUUGUUCUUGUCCCAUUGUCACGCUUACGAUAUUUUCACUGGCCUUGGGAAACAAGUAGUAGAUUGUUUUGAAAAUAUCCAUUACGAAGAGUGUGACAUUUCUAUAGCUGAUGCCUAUGAGCCGAUAACUCCACAAAUAGGCAACAAUCCGCCAGAGACGAUAUUUGCUCUUUUCACUCCUACAAAUCCCGAUAAAGCUGAGCCAUUGCACAAAUGUGGCGGUAAAUUGCCUGUAGACACUAAUUUUGAUAAAGAUGUAGAUACAAUUUUUGUUGCACAUGGAUGGUUGGAUGGACUCUGUAGAACAGCUUGGCAGAGAGAAAUAAAAACGCAACUUUUUAUAAGAGGCGACUACAACGUUAUUCUCGUCGACUGGACAUGGGGCAACACACCAGAUCCAGGAGCAGCGGCUCAGAACUCUCUCGUCGCUGGAGAACAAGCAGCUUUUGUUAUUCAAAAUAUCAUGAAUCAAACUGGUGUAACGGCAGACCAGUUUCAUCUCAUCGGCCACAGUUAUGGCACGUAUUUUGUGGGUACGGCAGCAAAAUUUAUCAAGGAUCAAAAUGAAGGAAAUUUAAUUCGAAGGUUGACUUUUCUAGAUCCAGCCGUGGCUCCUGUCUCCAAUGAAGACAUUCAUAAUGGAAAACUAUCCUAUAAAAAUGCCAAAUUUGUGGACGUCAUUCAUAGCGACGGAGGAUUAUGUUUCCCUACUAAUUUUGGAUUAAAAACCCCUCUUGGACACGUGGAUUUUUAUCCCAAUGGCGGAAGUAUUCAACCAGCGUGUCUUGAAUAUGGUAUCGCCACAGUUCUAAGAUUAGAUUUGUUUUACGGCUUAGUGUCAUUGCUCCCUACGUUCUGCUUUCAUUUGCAAUCGAUUCAGUACUUCAAAGUGUCCAUUAAUUCUCCAAGCAGCAAAUUCAUCGGUGCUAGAUGUGACAGUUAUGAAGAUUUUAAGUCGGGGGCAUGUUACCGAUGCUGCCGAGACAAUUCCACUGAUUGUGCUGUUGCAGGAAUGGAUGCAGAAUAUUAUUAUAACAAGGAUCAACCCAGAGAAAUAAGAAAAUAUUAUUUCGACACGGAAAUCAUUUGUCCUUAUAACGAAAAAUAUGACUUCAGCAUUUUUAAAGACUGUGAAGACAACGAAGAGUGUGAAGACAGUGAAGAAGACGAGGGUCCAAUUAAAAAAGUUGGAGAAUUGCUUGGAUAAUGUAUUGUGUUACAGUUUAACAUUUUACGGAAUGUUACUUUAAGGUUGUCUCAAGUUUGCAUAAAGAAGCAAGAAACAAUAUUACAAUUAACUACCCAAGUAGUACCAGAGAUAUUUCAUUAAAAAAACAAUUACUUAAAUUUAUAAAUUUUACCCUUAAACUUAAAUUUUCAGUAUUGCAUAUUGCUGCGUUUAAUACCACCUUUAAUGUACAUUUAAGAAAAUAAAAAAUAAUUAAUUCAAAAGCUUCUUAUUAGAAGUUUCAAGUUAAUUUCUAAGUAGGAAAAAUAUGAAAUCAUUUUCAAAUUCUAACUAAUGAUCACAAACACCAAACACAUAGCUUGUAACAAUGUUAAUAAUGAAGAUUUACCACAAUUAUCAGUAUUC